GCGGCGCUGGGGCCGCCUUCCCACACUCUCUGGCUCAACUCUCGGCCGCGGUGUUUCCGUUCCUCUCCCUGGUCGUCGCCUCCUGCUCGGCUCCUCUCCUCCUUUCUCGCUCUGCUGCUCUGCGGUGUGACGAGGCUGAAUCCUCUCCCCACUCGGUUCGCGCCUUCCCCGCCUCUCUCUCUCUCCUCUCUCGCGCCGCUCCAUUUCUCCGGUUCGGCUGCCGCCGCCACUGCUGCUCAGCUGGUGUCGGUGCCGCGCGUUUCCCCCACGUCGUCCCCGCAGCCUAUGGCCCAGGCCGCCUUGGGUAUUUCUGCUCAAGGUAACCACAUCCCUCUUUAAAAAUUCCGCCGAAAAAGAGAAGACGCUUUACCCGACUCUUUGGGCCGUUAUCUCACGGCGAACUUUCUGACCGAGUAUACAACUACCCAGAAGGCCUAGGAGAAGUGCUGUAUAGAGAGCAGUUCGACUUCAACGCUGAGCCACCUUGGGAACCUAGCUGAUGAUAGGGGGGUUCCAUCUCCUAACUUGUCCAUACAAGGGUCUCCUAGGCUGGCUUCACUCCUUAUGUGGUUGAGGAAGAACUUGAACUUAGGAUCCUGCUGCUGUCACCUCUCAAAUGCUGGGGCAUGUUACAACUACUGUUUGAGAAGUUACUAAAUGACAUCACUCGAAGCCAGCGGGGUUGGUGCCUAUUCAAAUCAUUUCACCAAGUCACAACCUUUUUGUUGCAUAUUCUAAGGACCCAGACAUAGGCUUGGUGGCCCGUCUCUUGUUUUUCCUGGUUUAUGACUUUCGGCUUUGUGGAAUACGGCUGAGAUGAAAGGAUUUAUUGACGAUGCAAACUACUCCGUUGGCCUGUUGGAUGAAGGAACAAACCUUGGAAAUGUUAUUGAUAACUAUGUUUAUGAACAUACCCUGACAGGAAAAAAUGCUUUCUUUGUGGGGGACCUUGGGAAGAUCGUGAAGAAGCACAGCCAGUGGCAGAGUCUGGUGGCUCAGAUAAAGCCCUUUUACACAGUGAAGUGCAACUCCACCCCAGCUGUGCUCGAGAUCCUGGCGGCUCUCGGAACUGGGUUUGCUUGUUCCAGCAAAAAUGAAAUGGCCCUAGUCCAAGAAUUGGGUGUAUCUCCAGAAAACAUCAUUUACACAAGUCCUUGUAAGCAGGUGUCUCAGAUAAAGUAUGCAGCGAAAGUUGGAGUAAAUAUCAUGACAUGUGACAAUGAAAUUGAAUUAAAGAAAAUUGCAAGGAAUCACCCAAAUGCCAAGGUCUUACUACAUAUUGCAACAGAGGAUAAUAUUGGAGGUGAAGAUGGUAACAUGAAGUUCGGCACUACACUGAAGAACUGUAGGCAUCUUUUGGAAUGUGCCAAGGAACUUGAUGUCCAAAUAAUUGGGGUGAAAUUUCAUGUUUCAAGUGCUUGCAAAGAAUAUCAAGUAUAUGUGCAUGCUCUAUCUGAUGCUCGGUGUGUGUUUGACAUGGCUGGAGAAUUUGGCUUUACAAUGAACAUGUUAGACAUCGGUGGAGGCUUCACAGGAACUGAAAUUCAGUUGGAAGAGGUUAAUCAUGUUAUCAGUCCUCUGUUGGAUAUUUACUUCCCUGAAGGAUCUGGCAUUCAGAUAAUUUCAGAACCUGGAAGCUACUAUGUAUCUUCUGCGUUUACACUUGCAGUUAAUAUUAUUGCUAAGAAAGUUGUUGAAAAUAAUAAAUUUUCCUCUGGAGUAGACAAAAACGGGAGUGGUGAGCCAGCCUUCGUGUAUUACGUGAAUGAUGGUGUUUAUGGUUCUUUUGCGAGUAAACUUUCUGAGGACUUAAAUACCAUUCCAGAGGUUCACAAGAAAUACAAGGAAGAUGAGCCUCUGUUUACAAGCAGCCUUUGGGGUCCAUCCUGUGAUGAGCUUGAUCAAAUUGUAGAAAGCUGCCUUCUUCCUGAGCUGAAUGUGGGAGAUUGGCUUAUCUUUGAUAACAUGGGAGCAGAUUCUUUCCAUGAACCAUCUGCUUUUAAUGAUUUUCAGAGGCCAGCUAUUUAUUACAUGAUGUCAUUCAGUGAUUGGUAUGAGAUGCAAGAUGCUGGAAUUACUUCAGACGUAAUGAUGAAAAACUUCUUCUUUGCACCCUCUUGCAUUCAGCUGAGCCAAGAAGACAGCUUUUCCACUGAAGCUUAAACAGGCAUUAACGCUUCUUUAGAUCUGAAGUCGCAGGUUAAGCUUGUCUGGUCUACAUUCCAGUGUGGGGAAAAAAAUUCAAUCAAUCUUUUACUCUGUUAAUUAUCUUGGAAACAAAUUCAUAGUAAUAGCUAUUUGGGGACCAGACAAAAUCAGCUUUCAUCUAUAAUUCAUCGGGAUAAUGGGGGAUUUAGAUAAUGUAUCAGAUUUAAACAAACCAGUUUGACCCACCCCUUAAGCGUUUAAAAUAAAAUAUGCAACACAAUGGAUGACUUGGUGGAGAUGGAAGCCCAUUGAUUGGGUUCCCCAUCCAAUCGUUUACAUACAAGUACACAGUUUUUAUAAUAAGGGUUCCUGUUAAAAGUCCUGUAAAGUUGAUGGCUUUCACCCAGAUAUAUCACAUGUGAGUGGAAGACCAGUGUGACUUCAUUAGAUACGUUUAGUGUAUUUAGAAUGUGUAAAUUUGUGCUUUGAACUGUAGUUUAAUAAAUGUAAAAUUGCAUCAUAGUAUUUGUUGUAUUUGACCUAAUGUAACCCUUGUAUGAUUGCAAUAAAACUUUGUGUAGAUUUCACUGUUUUUUCAGGCUAAAACUUUGGGAAAGGGGCUAGCUAGCAAAGGGAGUUUUGAAGUAGUUGUGUGUAUGGUCUGAGGGUUAGUUUUCUUUAUAGCCCAUUUAAGUUCGGUUUGGCUCAAUACACUUUUAGUUAUUUAAUUAGUAAUUUAAGUAAAGGUGUUUGGUAAAUCAUUGUGAAGUUGAGAUUUAUUAUGGAGAGUUGAUGUGCAGUAAGCAUGAUGUUUAACAAUUUUAACACCAAAAAUGUUGCCGGGCGGUGGUGGCGCACGCCUUUAAUCCCAGCACUCGGGAGGCAGAGCCAGGCGGAUCUCUGUGAGUUCGAGGCCAGCCUGGGCUACCAAGUGAGUUCCAGGAAAAGGCGCAAAGCUACACAGAGAAACCCUGUCUCGAAAAAACAAAAACAAAAAAACAAAACAAAACACCAAAAAUGUUAAUCCUGCAUAAAGCAAUUGUAAUAAUGGUAGGUGUUUCUGUAUAGAUAGGAUGCAUAGAGUACUUUAGUAAACCUUUGAGUCACAAAUCUUUUGGCCGAUAGAGAAGAUUUUAUUAAACACUGAAAACUUGGUGGGGAGGGGAAUGAGGCUGCAGAGGACUGCAGAACCCCGACCUUAAAGAAGGGCUAUGUCUAUUUCCAGAGUCCCGAGGCCCCUUCGCACAGACGUUGACAUGCAGAGGCCUUUGGGAGGUGAAGCACACUUUCUUCAGUUGCUCACUUGUAAUGGCAUCCAAUCAGAGGGGUUUCCUUACUGCCUCGAACCUGGUCCUUUAGUUUCCUGUUAUUUCCCUUUUGUUCAGCUUAGUAGUUCUUUCGCAGCUAAAGCUUGGUGGUGGGGAGGGAGUCAGCGUCACUAACCUGACACUCUGGCCAGGAAUUUGCUUUGUUCACUGCUAGUGUGUUAAUCCUAGGUCUCAGAAUCACAGUAGGAAUGAGACAACUCACAGGGGUCACUUUUCCUCACUCUAUGUUCACAAGUGGAAGUUCUGUCCCCAAGAGGAAAUGUGACUUCACUUUGGUGCCAAUGGACAGAACAUUCUACCUGUGCUACAUAGGAUUGUUUGGGAUGCACUUCAAUAGCUGGGUUUCCACCUUGAUUUCAAGGUGGAAAGCAAUUGAUCAUGAAUCUCUAAUUUCAAUCUCAAACCAGUAGGUGCUUAAUAUUUUUGAUUUGACUAUUGCCCACUUGAAUAUCAUGGGUUAUAUUAAUUAGAAAAAGAACUAAGAACCCCAGUCCAUUGUCAUCUAGUUGCCCUUGGACUUUUUUCCAAGGUGUAAUAAGGGGUUUUAGUCAAAAUUCCAAGCUACCAUGUAACUUUGAACUAACAAGGAGGAGGAAGUGUUCCUUACCUCCUUUGUAUUAUGCGUUGUUGUGGUCCAGAAAUGCCAAAACUUUAAAAGGAUGAUACAACUUGAGUCCUUGGUGUGACUGUACGGGCUUGGGCUUUGUAGCCUGUCAAUUCUGCCAUCUGCAUAGGAGAGUGGUUGUGUGUAAAACAGUCCAGAGUCGCAAAUCUCACCUGUGAAUGAUAGGUAAGCGUAGAGUGUAUUGUAUUUGAAGACUGUUUGCUAUAAAUCUAAAGGUAACCUAUGUAUUUCAAUUUGGAAUGCUUAAGAAUAAUUAAUGUAAAAUCUUUUUAUAUGAUAUUGUAAUCUCAGUUCAAAACUUAAUUGAAAUUAUAAAACCCAAAUGAUUUCUAUAUAUAGUAAAUUGAACUGUAAAGGUAACUUGUGUGUGAUUCUGAAUACACAGAUAAAAUGUUUUUAUUCCUCAUGCUUUACUUUGAUGGCUUCUAUCAUGAAAUAGACGUGAAAUUUUAUGAAUUGAUUGUGUGUAUAUUGCCCACGUUCUUUCAGAAUCUAUUAAAAGUAAAGUGAUCUGGGAAUUGCCUAGCACAA